CCUCCUGGGUGACGUAGAGGCAAAAAGGGGGCGGGCCCGCAGAAAAGCAUUAGGGAGAAGCCGGCGUCGGCUUUCUGGCUGUGGGCUCGAUGGCGCUGAGGCGCCCGCUGCUCUUCCGAGAGCCCUGAGGGCAGGAGGGCUGCCCGGGUCUUGGGCGAGCCCGCGCAAGGGACGGGCGCUAUGCGGGGCCCGCUGCCCGUCCUCUGCCGGCGUCUUCAGAGAGCUCUGGCUGCGGGAGCUCCGGGGAGGGUCAGGCUUUGCCACGAGGCUCCGGCUCCCGCGGCUUCCGGAGGGAGCAAAGGCAGAGCCCAGCAUCGGUUGGCUGGACUUUUGAUGCAGGAAAAGUCGGAAUUCCUGACCAAAUCCAUGAGAUUGCACUCCUGGCUAGGUAUACAACCUACCUUUGGCAUUCUGUUUGAUAUUGAUGGAGUAUUGGUACGAGGAAGGACCCCAAUUCCUGCUGCCCGAAAAGCCUUUCAAAAACUAGUUAAUUCUCAGGGACAACUUUUGGUGCCUGUAGUAUUUGUUACUAACGCAGGAAAUUGUCUGUGUCAGAAGAAAGCAGACCAGCUGUCCCAUCUUCUUGAAGUUCCAAUUUCCAAAGACCAAGUUAUGAUGUCCCACAGUCCUUUGCGAAUGUUCAGGCGUUACCAUGACAAAUGUGUUCUUGUAUCAGGACAAGGCCCGGUCCUUGACAUCGCUAAGCAUCUUGGAUUUUGUCGGCCUAUUACAAUUGACAGGUUGCGAGAAACCUAUCCCUUAUUGGACAUGGUGGAUCAUGACAGAAGACCUAAAGUUUUGCACUUGCCCACAAUGGAUUUCCCCAAGAUUGAAGUUAUUUUGUUUGGUGAGCCAGUGAGGUGGGAAACCAACCUACAAUUGAUAAUAGAUGUUCUUUUGACAAGUGGCUAUCCUGGAAAUCCUUAUCAACGAACGUACCCACAUAUUCCUGUAUUGGCUUGUAAUAUGGACUUGAUGUGGGCAGCUGAAGCUCAAUCCCCAAGAUUUGGGCAUGGAACGUUUAUGGUUUGUUUGGAAAAUAUUUAUAAGAAGAUCACUGGCAAAGAAUUGAAAUAUGAAGCAUUGAUGGGAAAGCCUAGUGAAGUGACCUAUCACUAUGCAGAGUACCUCAUUAGGACUCAAGCAUCUGCAAAGCAGUGGAAGAGCCCUAUUCAAACGUUGUAUGCCAUUGGGGACAACCUGAUGACAGAUAUUUAUGGUGCUAACCUUUACAACCGCUACCUUGAAGAGAGGAUCUCAAGAAGUUCUAAGGCUCAUGUCCAGGCCAAAGCACUAGGGGGCACAAGAUCUGCCACCGUUUCUCAGGAAGAGGAGUUUGAGAAUUCUUGGGAAAAUGAACUUGCAUCAGCUACUGCCACAAGAUGUACAUCUGUUCUUGUUUGCACCGGAGUUUAUAACCCCCACACAGAGGUGCCUUCUGAUACAAGGGAGAACAUCACUGAGACUGUCUUUCAUGGACACAGAGAUUUCAGGUUUGAUCCUGCUUUAGUAGAACCAAACCACGUAGUGUCAGAUGUUGAAGCUGCUGUUGAUCUCAUCUUCCAGCUGGAAAACUUUGCGCCACAUGAAAACUUCAGGACUUCCUAAUGACUGUGUGUUGCUGUUAUAUUCCUUUUCCUUCUGAAAAACUAAGAGGGGUACUUAAUAUAAAACAGUCUCUAACAUACUAAUGUUUUUAUAAGUAACAUUUCUAGUACAUUUCUAAAAAAAAAACAAAAACCCAGAACAGUACACCCCAUAUAGUUCUUUUCUGCACCAAUUUAUUUUAAUGACCAAAACUAUUAUAAAUUGUACUUUUUAAUGAAUUUUCUUCUAAAUAUUGACACCUGGUUCAGAGAUCCCAGUUUCCAGAUUUGAUUAUUAAUGUCAAACAGGUGUGUUUGGCAGUCAAAAUUCUAAAACAAGUACGCUAUUAAGCUCUAUACAUUGCACUUAAUUCCCAAGGAAUUAAAAUGUGCCUGUCUGUAGUAUCCAACUUUCUUUAUUUCAUUACCUUCCCUUGGAUCAGUGCUCUGUGUGAACCACAAAAGCUGCAUGUUGAUGCUUUUCUUUUGUAUUAAAUUUGAGAUUGAAUGACAGAAUUCAUAAGUGAACAGAAGGGCUUUCCCGAGGUAGGUACCAGUGUAUGCAGAAUCUAUUAAAAUGAAUGAGGUUUGCAGGACAGCAAGUACAAUUUUGCUCAAAUCCCACUUUGAAUAAGCUGCUUAAAGUUGUUUCUGUCAGACUUUGCCCUUUGGGUUUUAUUAUUAAUCGUUCUGGUGUUUUUGCUGCACUGAACAGCAGGAUUAAACAGUUCCUUGAGCUUUUAGUUUUAACUUGAAGCUCCACAAGGAUAAUCAGGUACUGAUAAGAUUAUGUUUUCUCUUCCUUUUGCUACUAAAUGUUACAUGCUUAAUUUUUAAGGACUAUAUAUCUCAUAAAUGUAAACUAUAAAUUGUAACUUUGAAACUUUCUGUUAACUGCAGCAGUCUGUCCAGUAAAAUAUUUUCUAUUUUAGAAAGCACAAAUGUUUGUUCAACAUUCUAAUCCCUCUUUAAAGUCAUUUUAGUUGGCAGCUAUCCAUUAUCUCUAAUUUCUUCAUUUUGUUUUUGGGACAAUUAAAAUUCCUGUACAUAUUUUCUUAUCCUGUAUAGUUUUUGUUAUGAAUCUGUGGCAAGGAACUUUACCAAAACUUUGAUAGUGCAAGCACGUAUUGUCUUUUCACCCAAACAUUUAUAUAUAUAUAUAAAGCCGCUGGGUGAGGUCAUCAGUGGUUUCGGGGUGAGUUAUCAUCUGUACGCUGAUGAUACUCAGCUGUACUUUUCCACCCCGGACCACCCCAACGAAGCGGUCGAAGUGCUGUCCCGGUGCCUGGAAGCUGUACGAGUCUGGAUGGGGAGAAACAGACUCAAGCUCAAUCCCUCCAAGACGGAGUGGCUGUGGAUGCCGGCACCCUGGUACAGUCAGCUGCAUCCGCAGCUGACUGUUGGGGGCGAGUUAGUGGCCCCAAAGGAGGUGGUUUGCAAUUUGGGCGUCCUCCUGGAUGGACGGCUGUCCUUUGAUGAACAUCUGGCGGCCGUCUCCAGGAGGGCCUUUUACCAAGUUUGCUUGGUCCGCCAGUUGCGUCCCUUCCUUGACCGGGAUGCCUUAUGCACAGUCACUCACGCUCUGGUUACGUCUCGGCUGGAUUACUGCAAUGCUCUCUACAUGGGGCUGCCUUUGAGGUGCACCCGGAGGCUGCAGUUAGUCCAGAAUGCAGCUGCGCGAGUAGUAAUGGGAGCCACUCGUGGCUCCCACGUAACACCACUGCUCCGUAGUCUGCACUGGCUUCCUGUGGUCUUUCGGGUGCGCUUCAAGAUUCUGGUUACCACCUUUAAAGCGCUCCAUGGCUUAGGACCCGGGUACUUACGAGACCGCCUGCUGUUACCCUAUCCCUCCCACCGACCCGUACGCUCUCACAGAGAGGGUCUCCUCAGGGUGCCGUCCGCCAAACAAUGUCAGCUGGCGGCCCCCAGGAGUAGGGCCUUCUCUGUGGGAGCAUCGACGCUCUGGAAUGAACUCCCCCCUGGCCUACGUCAAGUGCCUGAUCUUCGGACCUUCCGUCGUGAGCUAAAAACAUAUUUAUUCAUUCAAGCGGGACUGGCAUAAAUAGUUUGGUUUUAUAUUGGGGUUUUAUUAAUAUUUUAAAUUUUAAAUUCAUUUUAACUAUCAGCCAUUUAGUAAUUGCUAUAUUUUAAUUGCGUUUUAAUUGUAUACACCUUGUAUUUUAUUCUGGCUGUACACCGCCCUGAGUCCUUCGGGAGAAGG